AUGCCGCCAUCUCCAACUCGCCACCGGCAUCAGACUAUUCCCAGUCCGUUGGUGCAAACCGUGGCAAGUCUAUGUCGACCACCACCUACUGCCAAACCUUCCUCCUUUUACGAUAUUCCCCAAACACCUAUUUGCCUCCGUGCGGAGCAAAUAAUUAAGGAAGAAAUUCCCGAUUGGGCUGCGAACCACUGCUUCCGUACAUACGCCUUUGGUCUAGCCAUCGCGAAUUAUGCUGGAUUAGAUACCGAGCAGGCUAAAGUGCAGUUUGGAUUCGACAAAGAGCUCCAUUUCCUUACAUGUGCUCUUCACGAAUGGGGAAUGAGCGAGGAAGGAAUAAAGCAGAGCAAACUGUCACUAGAGCUGUGGGGUGCCAUCAGGGCCCGUGAAUGGAUUCUUGAACAAAAAGGCAGCAUGUCUGAGACCACAACCACCAAGCCACUAGGUGAGUGGGCCGACUUGGCGGCUGAGGCUAUCGCACGUCACACAAUCGAAUUCCGAGGCUUCAGUAAGACUGUCAAUCUUCAAACUGCACUUCUUACUCUCGGCUCUGGUCAAGACCUCAUGGGACUCUCGUCGGCAUUUGUGCAUGCCGAUGACAUCAAGUUUAUCUGUGAAAAGUGGCCACGGAUUGGAUACGUUGAUGGACUUCGUGAUUUGACCAAAGAAGAGGUGGCGCGGAAGCCGGGUUGUCUUUUUGAAGGAUGCUGGGGUGAUUUUGACCCCGGUAUGUACCAUGUGUCGUGCUUCAAGGGGCUGCAGGGAUCUUUGACGAAGAACUCCAGUCCCCGAUUGUAA